CUGCAUGCCCAGUCCUCUUAUGUCGUCCAGUCCUCAACUAGAGAGUGUUUUCAAAGACUCCAAUAUAUAAUUACCAAUUUAGGCCCCGCUACUUUAUACCAGCCUUAGCAAUGAAAAAGAAAACUACAUUUCCCAGGAACCUCUGCGAAAAACAAUUCUAAAUGUUACCACGAGAAGAGACGUUACCUAUCUGCAGGUGACUAAGUGAUUACGUAAAGGUUAAGAAAAGACACCAAAAAAAGUGCUGCGGAGGAAUUUCUGUCAAGCUGUGAGACGACGGAGGGCGAAGAGUGAAGGCGAUUGAGAGGGGCUGAGGGAAUUGCCCUCGGUGCAAGACACUUUCCUUAGGCCUCAGGCCCCUGCCUGCCCCUACGGUCCGCAGGGAGAUGGAAAGUUUGAUGACUAGUUCUACCCUGCCGCCCCUUUUUGCAGAUGAAGAUGGUUGCAAGGAGAGUAAUGAUCUGGCUACAACUGGAUUAACACACUCAGAGCUUCCAUAUGGCAGCGGAGCUACAUCGUCCACCAAUAAUCCAGAAUUUGUGGAGGAUCUCUCCCAGGGUCAGUUGCUUCAGAGUGAGUCUUCAAAUGCUGCAGAAGGCAGUGAGCAGAGGCAUGAAGAUGAGCAAAGAAGUAAACGAGGAGGUUGGUCAAAAGGGAGAAAAAGGAAGAAACCCCUUCGAGACAGCAAUGCACCCAAAUCCCCUCUUACAGGAUAUGUUCGAUUCAUGAAUGAGCGCAGAGAACAGCUUCGAGCAAAGAGACCAGAAGUCCCAUUUCCAGAAAUCACAAGGAUGUUGGGCAAUGAGUGGAGUAAACUGCCUCCUGAGGAAAAGCAGCGCUACCUUGAUGAAGCAGACAGAGAUAAGGAGCGUUACAUGAAGGAACUGGAGCAGUAUCAGAAGACUGAGGCCUAUAAGGUCUUCAGUAGGAAAACCCAGGACCGCCAGAAAGGCAAAUCUCAUAGACAAGAUGCAGCCCGACAGGCCACUCAUGAUCAUGAGAAAGAAACAGAGGUAAAGGAACGGUCUGUUUUUGACAUCCCUAUAUUUACGGAAGAAUUCCUGAACCACAGUAAAGCUCGUGAGGCAGAGCUCCGACAGCUCCGUAAAUCCAACAUGGAGUUUGAGGAGAGGAAUGCAGCCCUACAAAAGCAUGUGGAGAGCAUGCGCACAGCAGUAGAGAAGCUAGAGGUGGACGUGAUCCAGGAGCGGAGCCGCAACACAGUCCUACAGCAGCACUUGGAGACCCUGCGGCAGGUUUUGACCAGCAGCUUUGCCAGCAUGCCCUUGCCCGGAAGUGGAGAGACACCAACAGUGGACACCAUUGACUCGUAUAUGAACAGACUGCACAGUAUUAUCUUAGCUAAUCCCCAAGACAAUGAAAACUUCAUAGCUACAGUUCGAGAGGUUGUAAACAGGCUUGAUCGUUAAGCACUGAAUGAGAAGCCAUCCAUGGAAAUUUGAACUGAGUUGGGGCUGUGGAGGACUACAGAUCCCUGUGAAAGAAUUGUCAGUAAGUGAAAUGCCUUCAUCCCAGGAAGCCAUAGGAGGGAACAACAAAGGCACAUGUGUGUGAACUUGCUAUGGAACUUCCCUAUGUGAAGCUUUGAAAGUGUACAGUCCCUCUCCUUAGUCUUUGGUUUCCUUUCAUUUCCAUUUCUGCUGAAGUGGAUCUGCAUACAUUCUGCUGACAACGGUGACCCUCAGACUGACAUCUUCCUUCCUCCACAGCAGAAAGGAAGACUUCUCAUUGUUGCAAUUCCAUUGGACCCUUUUAUCAGUGGAGCUCCAGUUUUCUUUCCUAGAUGUCACUUUCUUAAAUGCCUUUGUGGGUGAUUUUUUGCUUCCCUUCUCUCCCACCAAGUUAUACAUCUCCAUUUUCUGACCUCUGGGCUUUGUUGCUCAGCAGGGCUCUGAAGGAGAAUUCUCUCAUUGGAUGGGCCCAAUCUUCUCCCAUCAUUGCCCUGCUGUGACUCCAAAGAAAGGAGCUUCUUGUUGACAGUGCCCUACAGAGUGAGGCUAUGCUUCCUACCCCACGUGGUACUCAGUGGGUGCCAGCCCUCAGCAGGCUUCCUGAUUGCCUCCCUGAAGGAAAAUGCUCCCUCCUUCCUGGUCCUGCCUACUGUUCUCUGAGCAGGAGCAAUGCUCUGCCAUGGAGCCCCAGCCACAGCAAGACUUCAGUCUCCGUCUGUUGGCAGUGUCUUGUGGAGCACUUUUGCUGAGGAAAAGGUUGUUGGUAAAGAGGGAGGAAAGGAAAAAGUAAUAUACAUUUGGUAUUGGAAAAAAGUCCAAAGUUUAGCCUAAGUAGAAACUGAAGAACUCUGGUGUACAGAUUCAUGCAUUAAGACAAGUGGAAAGAGCAUUGGAAAUAGUCUCUUGAGCCAACAAAAGGGCACAGAGGAAUUCUCAUGUGCUUUGUCUUCCAAAUCUAUGUGGAAAAGAUAAGGCUUCCCUUCCUUCCCUGUCCUUAGUAAGGGAUUUUUGUUUAACAAAAAAGCAAACAGGUCCUGUUUCUCUCCUCAGGGUCUUUUUUUUUUCCUUCAUGCUGUAGAGCACAAGGCUAAAGAUCACAGAGCUGAGAUCUUUGGAACUAAAACAGAGUGUGCUGAGCCCAUUUUCUGAGCACCAGGCCACUGAAGGCAGGGGGAUAGUAUGUGGUCCCUCACAGGACAAGUCCCUGUCCUGUGGCUGCACCAUCCUGUCUUCUCAGCACUCUGUUCUCUCGUGUGUGCUUUAUUAGUUAGUCCAAAGGAAACAGUAACAGUAAAAAGCCUUUUAAUGUCUUACUUAAGGCAUCAGAUUUCCAUGCACUGAAGCCUACAUACAACUACUUUAGAAUAAGACCCCUUCAUUAUUGUUACAAAACCAGCUAGGCUCUGCUGCCUCUAUAUUUUCCUGUUUCCCCUGCACUCAUCUGCUGUUUUUACCACCUCUCUUAGAUUUCUUGCCUGCUACGUCCAUGCUAGAACUCACUGUCUGUGGCAGAAGGACAUCUAAGCUGGUACUGGAAGUUUGUGUCUGCCUUCUGCCAGAUGCUUCCUGUCCUUUCUUCCUUCCUCCUAGUAUUGGCUGUUUUUCCUUUAUGUGCAGUUUUGUGCAGCUCUGGUUUUAUGGCCAGAUAAGACUGUGACUUGGUCCAAAGAUCAUCAUUCCGCCCUCUCUAGAUGGGAUACCUCACCUUAACUGGACAUGUUUUCAUAGUCAGAAUUCAGGAGAUAGCAAAAGAGUCUACAGGUGAAAUCACUGUCCCCAGAACAGUAGCUUGCUUUCAAACACUGCCUCUCCCAGUGGACACCUGACUCACUCACUGGUAGCUGGGAUUCAGCUGCCACAAAACUGUCAGGUUCUGGGUGCAGGUCUGUGCCAUGCCCUCUCACCUCUGUGCUCAAGGAGGAGGUGGUAAGUGAGGUUGCAGACUGGCACAAAAAUUUACUUCCCAGUAAGUUCAUAGAGGUUGCUACACUUUCAUGUUCUUCUCAAGAAAUAAGCUGUGGCCUGCUCAGUGUUACAGAUUUCCUUCGUGCUUUUUCCUGAAACACAGGCACAGCUGAGGAAAGGGAGGCAAGGUGUUUUAUUUCUGACAAAUCUUAGAAAAAGAAAUAUUGUGUACAUGUGUUUGGAAGUGUUGAAUUGCCAAGUUUUCCGUACAAGUGUUUUGUAAUUAAAAUUUUAGAUUUUCUUUAAGUUGAUAUGCUUGCUUGACAUUUGUCUCAUUAAAACUUUUCUAUGUUGAA